AUGUUCCACCGCCCCUUGAAGAGCUCCAUCCUCUCGCUGCCCCGCAUAGCGGCCGCCGGCCCGCUCGCGCGCGCGUCGACCAUGGCGCUACCCACGUCGCUCGAGCGUCUCUUUGCCAACAACAAGAAGUGGAGUGCGGGCAAGAAGCUGCUGGACGCCGACUACUUUGACAAGACGUCGCAGGGGCAGCACCCCCAGUACCUCUGGAUUGGCUGCUCGGACUCGCGCGUGCCGGCCGAGGAGAUCACGGGCCUCGCCCCGGGCGAGAUGUUUGUGCACCGCAACAUUGCGAACCUCGUGGUGAACAACGACAUUAGCUCGCUCGCGGUCGUGCAGUACGCCGUCGAGCACCUCAAGGUCAAGGACAUUAUCGUGUGUGGCCACUAUGGCUGCGGUGGCGUGCGCGCUGCUGUGGAUAACAAGGACCUGGGCCUACUCGACAUUUGGCUGCGCAACAUUCGUGACGUUGUCCGACUUCAUACCACGGAACUGCAAGAGAUUGACGACGACGAUCAGCGCAUGCGGCGGACGGUGGAGCUCAACACCAUUGAGCAAUGCAUGAACGUGUUCAAGAUCGGUCUGGUGCAACGUCACCAAGUCAAGUACGGCUUCCCGCGCAUCCAUGGCCUUGUCUAUGACUUGGAAAACGGUGAACUCAAUGAACUAGACAUUGACUUUGACGCGUACGUUCGCAAGUACCGGUCCAUCUACAAACUGCACGCGUUCUCGUCCGAGCCGCCGCAGCGUCGAUCCCAACUGCAGGGCAACAUGAUUCGCUCUCUAGCUGAAGGCCACACCGAAACGUCGGGCUGUGUGAGCGUCGAGUACAUCAAGCGCGCCAUGUCCGGGGAGCCGAUUCUUUUCAGUGAGACGGAGAUCAGCAGCGCUAUUGCCAGGGCACAGGAAGGCGACAGUGACUGCAGCACUGUCGACGUUGAGAAGCUCGUCUGGUUCUUUGACCACUGA